CUCCCUCCUUCCUUGGCCCUGGGAAGGCGAGCGAGAGAGCGAGGCACACCCAUCCCAGGCAGAGUUACAAGAGCCCUGCCCUGCCUCGGGAGCUGCCCACUCUCUCUGCGCGCUCCUGCGGCAGGGAUCCCACCAGCGCCUGCCUGCCAGGGCUCAGCUACCGCCUCCAGGAUUCCAGGACCGGAUCGGGGUCUGGGCAGCCACCGGGACGUCGCCUGGCAUGGCCGUGCCGGGCAGCUGAAGGCCACUGACCCACAGGUUGGAAAAUCGGAACAAACAUUACUAAAGGAUUGACAAGUGACGAGAAGGGAAUUCCUGGGGCGGCUCCUGCCAGGACCAAAGUCCUAGAAAGAUGGAGAAGGAGGAAGAAGAUACUCGGGAGAUUCUGCUCCCUGACUGGCAAGGAAGCGGCUCUCAAGGCAUUACCAUUGACCAGACAGAAGAAGGUGUUUUCGUGAAACAGGUUCAGCAGGACUCACCCGCUGCCAAAACAGGCGUCGUGAAGGAAGGGGAUCAGAUAGUGAGUGCCACAAUCUACUUUGACAACCUGCAGUCUGGAGAAGUCAAAGAGAUCCUGAAAAAUGUCGGCCACCACACAGUAGGCCUUCGGCUGCAGAGGAAAGGAGACCGGUCUCCAUUGCCAGGAGAGUCUUGGUCCCAUGACGUGUUUGCUCCAGGAAGUCCAGAAGUUGUUCUGAGUGGAGAUGAUGAAGAGUACAGACGGAUUUACACCACAAAAAUUGAGCCUCGCCUUAAAUCGGAAGAUGGUAUGGAAGUUGAGCACACAGGAACCCAGAGCAGAACCAUUACAGUCACCAAGAGAGUUACUGCUUAUACUGUCGAUGUCACAGGUCAUGAAGGUGCCAAAGAGAUUGACAUCACCAGUCCAGAAUUUAAAAUCAAGAUUCCGAAACAUGAACUUACCCACAUUUCUAAAGCAGAGAUUGAAACUGAACCUGGGAAAACUGUCAUCAAGAUCCCACACGUGGAUUUGUCGGGGAGAACUUCCCAAAUAACAGACUCCCAUACUGGGGUGAGAGGAAAACCUGAUAUUACAUAUUCUGGACCAACUGUUGAAUCGCCCUCUCGAAGGUUGGAAUUUGGUGUUCCUGAUAUCCACAUGGAACAGCCAAAGGUGGGGAAAACUGAUAUCCGAAUCUCUGGGCCUCAUGUCACUGGUGUAGAUCUGAGAACCCAGACAGACUUUAAACCAGGAGGGCAGGAGGCUGGUUUUCAUGUUGCAAGGCCUGAAAUAAAUGGGAAAGCAGGUUGUGUUUCUGUAAUAGACUUUAAAGCAGGCGUUAAGCUACCAGAGUCUAGUAUCUCAGGCCCUACAAUGCAAGGAGAUGUAGGAGGGCUGCAAGCUGAUGUGUCAUUGCCACACCUCAAGGGUCCUUCAGUUGGCAUUUCGGGGCCUCAAAUUCAAGGUGAACGGAAAGGUCCAAAAGUAGAUAUCCCCGUGUCAUGUGUAGAAGCUUCAGAUAUCAACAUUGGAAGCACAGGAAAGAUUGCAUUUCCUGCAAUGAAAAUGCCCAAAUUUGGUGUAUCUUCUCCAGUUUCUGACAUUGAGGUUCCUCAGCUUGAUGCAAUGGCUCCAUCAGUGUCAAUCAAAGGCCCGGAAGGAUUCCUGAAAGGCCCCAAAUGUACAGUGGGGGACUCUGGAAUCACACAACCACAGGUGGAUGUGGGCCGAAAAGGUCUGGACUUGAAGGGUGGCCUGAAAGUUAUCUCCCCAACUUUCGAAGGUCCCAAUGUGGAUAUCAAAGGGCCGAAAGUGGAUCUUGGGGCUCCAGAUAUCAGUCUUGUAGGCGGUGAAGGAAAACUUAAAAUACCCCACAUGAAACUUCCUAAAUUUUCUGCAUCUGGCCCUGAAGUGGAUGUGACUGUUCCAAAAGGGGGAGUUGACAUCUCAGGACCGAAAGUGCAUGUACAAGCUCCAGAUGUGGCUCUUGAAGCACACGUGAAAGGACCCAAAUUUAGCAAGCCUGAAAUAGUUGGCCAGACACCCAAAAUUUCUAUGUCGGAUGUUGACUUGAAUCUCAAGGGCCCUAAAGUGAAAGGAGCCAUGGAUGUUUCAGGGCCAAGGGUGGAAGGCAGCUUAAAAGGGCCUGGUAUGGAUAUUAAGGGUCCCAAACUAUACACUGGAACUCCCAACGUUGACCUUGAGGGGAGCUUAAAAGGUCCAAAAGUCUCAGUGCCAUCCAUGAAAACAUCGCCAGUAAAAAUCCCUGUGCCAGAUGUGGACUUGAAUGUCAAAGGGCCAAAACUAACAGGAGAUGUGGGUGUUUCUGUGCCCAAGAUAGAAGGUGACCUCAAGUGGCCCAAGGCAGAUAUCAAAGGCCCCAAACUGGACAUAGCUGCACCUGGCAUUGGCAUCAAAGGUCCUGAAGGGCAACUGAAAGGUCCUCAUGUUAAGAUGCCAGCAAUGCACGUUAAGGCACCUCAAAUAUCUAUGCCAGACAUUGACCUGAACUUAAAAGGCCCCAAAAUCAAGGGAGAUGUGGAUGUUUCUGUUCCGAAAGCAGAAGGAGAAUUAAAGGGCCCAUCUGUUGAUAUCAAGGGCCCCAAAUUGGACAUUGGCACACCAGACAUUGAACUUCAUGGACCAGAACUCAAAAUGCCCAAAAUGAAAUUGCCUAAAUUCAGUGUGCCUGGCUUGAAAGGUGAAGUCCCUGAUGUGGACGUGAGUCUUCCAAAGGGGAGCAUUGAUGUUUCAGGUCCAAAGGUAGACAUUGAAGCUCCCACCUUGGACAUCAAAGGCCCUGGAGGACAGCUGAAAGGAACUCAUGUCAAGAUGCCAGCAAUGCAUGUUAAGGCACCUCAAAUAUCCAUGCCAGACAUUGACUUGAACUUAAAAGACCCCAAAAUUAAGGGGGGAGUGGAUGUUUCUAUCCCCAAAGUGGAGGGAGAAUUAAAGGGCCCAGCUGUUGAUAUCAAGGGCCCCAAACUGGACAUCGGCACACCAGAUGUUGGACUUCACGGGCCUGAGCUCAAGAUGCCUAAACUGAAAAUGCCCAAAUUCAGCAUGCCAGGCUUCAAAGCAGAGGUCCCUGAUGUGGAUGUCAGUGUUCCAACGGGCAGUAUUGACAUUUCAGGUCCCAAAGUGGACAUUGAAGCUCCUGGAUUAGAUAUUGAAGGACCAGAAGGCAAAAUUAAAGGCCCCAAAUUCAAAAUGCCCGAACUAAAUAUCCAGGCACCAAAUAUCUCAAUGCCGGAUGUAGACCUGAACCUGAAGGGGCCAAACCUAAAGGGUGACAUGAAUGUUUCUGUGCCCAAGAUAGAAGGUGACCUCAAGUGGCCCAAGGCAGAUAUCAAAGGCCCCAAGCUGGACAUAGCUGCACCUGGCAUUGGCAUCAAAGGUCCUGAAGGGCAACUGAAAGGUCCUCAUGUUAAGAUGCCAGCAAUGCACGUUAAGGCACCUCAAAUAUCUAUGCCAGACAUUGACCUGAACUUAAAAGGCCCCAAAAUCAAGGGAGAUGUGGAUGUUUCUGUUCCGAAAGCAGAAGGAGAAUUAAAGGGCCCAUCUGUUGAUAUCAAGGGCCCCAAAUUGGACAUUGGCACACCAGACAUUGAACUUCAUGGACCAGAACUCAAAAUGCCCAAAAUGAAAUUGCCUAAAUUCAGUGUGCCUGGCUUGAAAGGUGAAGUCCCUGAUGUGGACGUGAGUCUUCCAAAGGGGAGCAUUGAUGUUUCAGGUCCAAAGGUAGACAUUGAAGCUCCCACCUUGGACAUCAAAGGCCCUGGAGGACAACUGAAAGGACCUCAUGUCAAGAUGCCAGCAAUACACGUUAAGGCACCUCAAAUAUCCAUGCCAGACAUUGACUUGAACUUAAAAGGCCCCAAAAUUAAGGGGGGAGUGGAUGCUUCUAUCCCCAAAGUGGAGGGAGAAUUAAAGGGCCCAGCUGUUGAUAUCAAGGGCCCCAAACUGGACAUCGGCACACCAGAUGUUGGACUUCACGGGCCUGAACUCAAAAUGCCCAAAAUGAAAUUGCCUAAAUUCAGUGUGCCUGGCUUGAAAGGUGAAGUCCCUGAUGUGGAUGUGAGUCUUCCAAAGGGGAGCAUUGAUGUUUCAGGUCCAAAGGUAGACAUUGAAGCUCCCACCUUGGACAUCAAAGGCCCUGGAGGACAACUGAGAGGACCUCAUGUCAAGAUGCCAGCAAUGCACGUUAAGGCACCUCAAAUAUCCAUGCCAGACAUUGACUUGAACUUAAAAGGCCCCAAAAUCAAGGGAGAUGUGGAUGUUUCUAUCCCCAGAGUGGAGGGAGAAUUAAAGGGCCCAGCUGUUGAUAUUAAGGGCCCCAAACUGGACAUCGGCACACCAGAUGUUGGACUUCACGGGCCUGAGCUCAAGAUGCCUAAACUGAAAAUGCCCAAAUUCAGCAUGCCAGGCUUCAAAGCAGAGGUCCCUGAUGUGGAUGUCAGUGUUCCAAUGGGCAAUAUUGACAUUUCAGGUCCCAAAGUGGACAUUGAAGCUCCUGGAUUAGAUAUUGAAGGACCAGAAGGCAAAAUUAAAGGCCCCAAAUUCAAGAUGCCAGACAUGCAUUUUAAGGCACCUAAAAUCUCUAUGCCAGAUGUGGAUUUGAACCUCAAAGGCCCCAAACUGAAAGGAGAUCUGGAUGUUUCAGCUCCCGGGCUGGAUGGCAAUUUGAAAGGACCAGAAAUUGACAUCAAAGGUCCCAAGCUGGACAUUGAUGCUCCAGAUGUUGACCUUCAUGGGCCAGAAGGGAAACUGAAAAUGCCAAAAUUCAAAAUGCCAAAGUUUGGAAUGCCCAGCUUCAAAGGGGAGGGCCCAGAUGUGGACGUAAGCCUCCCGAAAGCAGACCUUGAUGUUUCUCUUCCCAAUGUAGAUGUUGAGGCACCAAGCUUGGACAUUGAAGGCCCAGAAGGAAAACUGAAAGGGCCCAAGUUUAAGAUGCCUGAACUGAAUAUCCAUGCACCCAAGAUGACAAUGCCAGAUUUUAAUCUGAAAGGGCCUAAAUUAAAGGGAGAUGUUGACAUUUCUGGGCCGAAGAUAGAAGGUGAACUCAAAGGGCCUCAGGUCGGCAUUGAGGGUCCUGAGUUGGAUGUUAAUGUCCCUGAUGUGGAGCUGGAGGGCCCUGAAGGAAAAAUUAAAGGUCCCAAAUUCAAGAUGCCAAAACUGAAUAUUAAAGCUCCUAAAAUCUCCAUGCCAGAUGUUGACUUGAAUCUAAAGGUCCCCAAAAUGAAGGGUGAAAUGGAUGUGACUGUCCCAAAGAUUGAGGGUGAUCUGAAAGGACCCAGCAUUGACGUCAAGGGCCCAAAAUUUGAUGUAGAACUCCCAGAUGUUGAUCUUGAAGGCCCAGAUGCCAAAAUGAAGAUGCCCAAGAUGAAACUACCAAAGUUUGGGAUGCCUGGCUUCAAAGGAGAAGGUCCUGAUAUUGGUGUGAGCCUUCCCAAAGGAGAUCUUGACAUUUCGGGACCAAACCUAGAUGUUGAUAUGCCAAGUGUAGACAUUGAAGGUCCAGAUGGAAAAGUGAAAGGUCCCAGGUUUAAAAUGCCUGAAAUGCAUUUCAAAACGCCCAAAAUCUCCAUGCCGGAUAUUGACUUAAACUUGAAAGGACCCAAGCUAAAAGAAGAUGUUGAUAUUUCAGUCCCAAAAUUAGAAGGAGAACUGAAGGGCCCCAACAUUGGCAUCAAGGGUCCCACAGUAGACAUAAGUGGUCCAGAUGUUGAUCUUCACAGUGAGGGAAAACUGAAAAUGCCAAAACUGAAGAUGCCACAUUUUAGCAUCUCGACACCCAAACUUGAAGGGCCUGAUGUAGAUGUGAGCUUGCCAAAAGGAGAGUUUGACAUUGCAGGCCCAAAGAUUGAUGUGGAAGCUCCAGAAUUUGAUAUUGAAGGCCCAGAAGGGAAACUAAAAGGUUCAAAAUUUAAGAUGCCAAAACUGAAUAUCAAAGCACCUAAGAUCUCCUUGCCUGAUGUAGACUUGAAUCUCAAGGGCCCUGGAGCAAGAGGGGAGAUGGAUGUAACUGUUCCAAAUAUUGAAGGCAAUUUGAAAGGACCCCAGAUUGAUAUCAAGGGCCCCAAAAUGGACAUAGAAGCUCCUGAUAUUGACUUGGAAUGCCCUGAAGGAAAACUGAAAGGAUCCAAGUUUAAGAUUCCAGAAAUGCACAUAAAGGCUCCAAAGAUCUCUGUGCCAGAUGUUGACUUGAAUUUGAAAGGUCCUAAACUGAAGGGAGAUGUUGACGUUUCUCUUCCAAAAGUAGAAGGUGACUUGAAAGGCCCAGAUGUUGAUAUCAAAGGGCCAAGGUUUAAGAUGCCUGAAAUGCACCUCAAGGCGCCAAAGAUUUCUCUUCCAGAUGUUGAUUUGAAUCUGAAAGGCCCUAAAUUGAAGGGAGAUGUUGAUGUUUCAGUACCAAGGCUGGAAGGUGACCUGAAAGGCCCAGAUGUGGACAUCAAGGGUCCUAAACUAGACAUAGAUGCUCCAGAUGUUGAUAUUGAAGGCCCUGAAGGAAAAUGGAAGAGUCCUAAGUUUAAGAUACCUGAAAUGCACAUCAAGGCACCAAAAAUAUCCAUGCCAGACUUUGAUCUAAACCUAAAAGGUCCCAAAAUCAAGGGUGAUGCAGAUGUUUCAGUCCCCAAACUACAAGGUGAUUUGAAAGGACCAGAAUUUGAUAUAAAGGGUCCCAAACUGGAUAUUGACUCCCCAGAUGUUGAGCUUCAUGGACCUGAAGGGAAACUGAAAAUGCCAAAAUUCAAAAUGCCAAAAUUUGGAAUGCCUGGUUUCAAAGGCGAAGGCCCACAUGUAGACAUAAGCACCCCCAAAGCAGACUUUGAUGUUUCUGUUCCUAAAGUUGACAUUGAAGCACCAAGUUUGGACAUUGAAGGCCCAGAAGGAAAAAUUAAAGGGCCCAAGUUUAAGAUGCCUGAAAUGCACAUCAAAGCUCCAAAGAUCUCUCUUCCAGAUGUUAAUUUGAAUCUGAAAAGUCCAAAACUGAAGGGAGAUGUUGAUGUCUCAGUUCCAAGGCUGGAAGGUGACCUGAAAGGCCCAGAUGUGGACAUCAAGGGUCCCAAAUUGGACAUUGAUGCUCCUGAUGUUGAGAUUGAAGGUCCUGAUGGAAAGUGGAAAGGUCCUAAGUUCAAGAUGCCCGACAUGCAUUUUAAAGCCCCCAAAAUCUCAAUGCCAGAUUUUGACUUGAACCUGAAAGGUCCCAAAGUGAAGGGGGAUGUGGAUGUUGCUUUACCAAAGUUGGAAGGUGAUCUGGAAGGACCUGAUGUUGACAUCAAAGGGCCAAAACUGGACAUUGAUGCUCCUGACAUUGAGACUCCAGAAGGCAAGUGGAAAAGCCCCAAAUUCAAGAUGCCAGAAAUGCACAUUAAAGCACCUAAAAUCUCCAUGCCUGACAUUGAUUUGAAUCUAAGAGGUCCCAAAGUCAAAGGUGAUCUGGAUGUGUCUGUGCCAAAGCUGGAGGGUGACUUGAAAGGCCCAGACAUGGACAUCAAAGGGCCCAAAUUGGAUGUUAACCUUCCUGAUGUUGAUCUAGAGGGUCCUGAAGGGAAGUUGAAGGGCCCCAAAUUUAAAAUGCCCGAAAUGCAUAUUAAAGCUCCCAAAAUCUCCAUGCCAGAUUUUGACCUUGGUUUGAAAGGACCCAAAGUGAAGGGGGAUUUUGAUGCUUCCCUGCCAAAGGUAGAAGGUGAUCUGAAAGGCCCUGACAUUAACAUCAAAGGUCCUAAAGUUGGUGUUGAUAUUCCUGAUGUUGAUAUUGAAGGACCUGAAGGAAAACUCAAAGGUCCCAAAUUUAAGAUGCCAGAAAUGCAUUUUAAUGUUCCUAAAAUCUCUAUGCCAGACAUUGAUUUGAACUGGAGAGGCCCUAAAAUUAAAGGAGAUGCUGAUAUUUCUGUACCUAAACUGGAGGGUGACUUGAAAGGUCCAGCUGUUGAUAUCAAGGGUCCCAAACUGGAUGUUGAUGUUCCUGAUGUUGAGAUUGAAGGCCCUGAUGGAAAGUUGAAGGGUCCCAAAUUUAAAAUGCCUGAAAUGAACAUCAAAGGACCCAAAAUUUCCAUGCCAGAUUUUGACCUGAACUUGAAGGGUCCCAAACUAAAGGGGGAUGUUGAUGUUUCUUUGCCAAAGUUAGGGGCAGAUCUGAAAGGACCAGGUGUUGAUAUUAAAGCCCCAAAAUUAGAUAUUGAUGCUCCUAACAUCAAUAUAGAGGGUCCAGAGGGAAAGGUUAAAGGUCCAAAAUUUAAGAUGCCUGAAAUGCACAUCAAGGCUCCUAAAAUCUCCAUGCCAGACAUUGAUUUGAAUCUGAAGGGCCCUAAACUAAAGGGAGAUGUUGAUGUUUCUGUUCCAAAGCUGGAAGGUGACCUGAAAGGCCCAGAUGUGGACAUCAAGGGUCCCAAAUUGGACAUUGAUGCCCCUGAUGUUGAGAUUGAAGGUCCUGAUGGAAAAUGGAAAGGUCCUAAGUUCAAGAUGCCUGAUAUGCACUUUAAAGCCCCCAAAAUCUCCAUGCCAGAUUUUGACUUGAACUUGAAAGGUCCCAAAGUGAAGGGGGAUGUGGAUGUGUCUGUACCGAAGUUGGAAGGUGAUCUGAAAGGCCCUGACAUUGACAUCAAAGGACCCAAACUAGAUGUGGAUGUUCCUGAUAUUGAACUUGAAGGUCCAGAAGGCAAGUGGAAAGGCCCCAAGUUUAAGAUGCCAGAAAUGCAUAUCAAAGCACCAAAAAUCUCCAUGCCAGAUGUUGAUUUGAAUUUGAAGGGUCCGAAACUAAAAGGAGAUGUGGAUGUUUCUCUACCAAAGAUGGAAGGUGAAUUGAAAGGACCUGACAUUGACAUCAAAGGCCCCAAAUUGGACAUUGACGCACCAGAUGUUGACUUGCAUGGUCCAGAAGGAAAGCUUAAAAUGCCCAAAUUUAAAAUGCCCAAAUUUGGAAUGCCUGGCUUCAAGGGGGAAGGCCCUGAACUGGAUGUAAAUCUCCCAAAGGGAGACAUUGAAGGUCCUGAGUUAGACAUUGAAGGUCCAGAUGGCAAAAUUAAAGGCCCCAAGUUUAAGAUGCCAGAAAUGCACAUCAAAGCACCAAAAAUCUCCAUGCCAGAUGUUGAUUUGAAUUUGAAGGGUCCGAAACUAAAAGGAGAUGUGGAUGUUUCUCUACCAAAGAUGGAAGGUGAAUUGAAAGGACCUGACAUUGACAUCAAAGGCCCCAAAUUGGACAUUGACGCACCAGAUGUUGACUUGCAUGGUCCAGAAGGCAAGCUUAAAAUGCCCAAAUUUAAAAUGCCCAAAUUUGGAAUGCCUGGCUUCAAGGGGGAAGGCCCUUCGGUGGAUGUGAGCUUACCCAAGGGAGAGAUGGAUAUAUCUGGCCCCAAACUAGACAUUGAAACUCGUGAUUUGGAAAUUGAGGGACCCGAAGGAAAAUUAAGAGGUCCCAAGUUUAAGAAACCUGAAAUGCAUUUUAAUGUUCCAAAAAUCUCAAUGCCAGAUAUUGACUUGAAUUUGAAAGGUCCAAAAUUAAGGGGUGAGAUGGAAGGUGACAUUAAAGGUCCUAAUGUUGAAUUGAAGGGACCUGGCAUUGACAUAGAGACACCAAAAAUAGAUAUUGAAGGAAAACCAAAGAAAUCAAGAUUCAAGCUUCCAAAGUUUAGUUUUCCUGGUACAAAGGUUCAUACCCCAGAGGUUGAUGUGAAGCUUAAGAAACCAGAUGUUGAUAUUUCGGGGCCUAAAGUUGAUGUUCAAGGUCCAGAUGUUGAUAUCCAUGGAAAAGGGAAAGGUCCCAAAUUUAAAAUGCCUUCCUUGAAUAUUUCAUCACCUAAAGUUUCAAUGCCCGAUGUGGAAUUAAAUGUGAAAGGGCCUAAAUUAAAAGGUGACCUUGAUGUUUCUGCACCAAGCCUGGAAGGGGAUUUGAAAGGUCCUGACAUUGACAUCAAAGGCCCCAAGUUGGACAUUGAUGCACCAGAUGUUGAUCUCCAUGGACCAGAAGGCAAACUCAAAAUGCCCAAAUUUAGAAUGCCCAAAUUCGGAAUGCCAGGCUUCAAAGGGGAAGGUCCUGAGGUGGAUAUAAACCUUCCCAAAGCAGAUAUUGAUGUAUCAGGACCCAAAAUGGACAUUGAAAUGCCUGACUUGGAAAUAGAAGGCCCAGAGGGCAAGAUCAAGGGUCCCAAACUGAAGAUGCCUGAAAUGCAUUUUAAUGUCCCCAAAAUUUCAAUGCCAGACAUAGAUUUGAAUUUAAAAGGUCCUAAAUUGAAAGGAGAUGUUGAUAUUUCAGUUCCAAAGCUGGAAGGUAACUUAAAAGGCCCAGAUGUUGAUAUCAAGGGUCCAAAACUGGAUGUUGACCUUCCUGAUGUUGAGAUUGAAGGUCCUGAAGGAAAACUCAAAGGGCCCAAAUUUAAGAUGCCAGAUAUGCAUUUUAAAACCCCUAAAAUCUCCAUGCCAGAUUUUGAUUUGAACCUCAAAGGUCCCAAAGUGAAGGGGGAUGUGGAUGUCUCAGUUCCAAAAAUGGAAGGUGGCUUGAAAGGUCCAGAAGUGGACAUCAAAGGCCCCAAAUUGGAUGUUGAUAUCCCUGAUAUUGAUAUAGAAGGGCCUGAUGGAAAACUGAAAGGGCCCAAGUUCAAGAUGCCUGAUAUGCACUUUAAGACACCCAAAAUCUCCAUGCCAGAUUUCGAUCUAAAUCUCAAAGGCCCCAAACUGAAGGGAGAUGUGGAUGUUUCUGUGCCAAAGUUGGAAGGUGAUCUGAAGGGUCCUGAAAUUGAUCUCAAAGGACCCAAAGUAGAUGUAGACAUUCCUGACGUUCAACUUGAAGGUCCAGAAGGAAAGUGGAAAGGUCCUAAAUUUAAGAUGCCUGAAAUGAACAUCAAAGCACCUAAAAUCUCCAUGCCAGAUGUGGAUUUCAACCUCAAGGGCCCCAAACUGAAAGGUGAUCUAGAUGUUUCAGCUCCUGGGUUGGAAGGCGAUUUGAAAGGACCAGAAAUUGACAUCAAAGGUCCCAAGCUGGACAUUGAUGCUCCAGAUGUUGACCUUCAUGGGCCAGAAGGGAAACUGAAAAUGCCAAAAUUCAAAAUGCCAAAAUUUGGAAUGCCUAGCUUCAAAGGGGAGGGCCCAGAUGUGGACAUAAGCCUUCCUAAAGCAGACCUUGAUGUUUCUCUUCCCAAUGUAGACAUUGAUGCACCUGGCUUGGACGUUGAAGGCCCAGAAGGAAAACUGAAAGGGCCGAAGUUUAAAAUGCCGGACAUGCACAUCAAAGCUCCCAAAAUUUCCAUGCCGGACAUUGAUUUGAAUCUGAAGGGCCCUAAACUGAAGGGAGAUGCUGAUGUUUCCGUUCCAAAGCUGGGAGGUGACCUGAAAGGUCCAGCCGUGGAUAUCAAGGGUCCCAAAUUGGACAUUGAUGCUCCUGAUGUUGAGAUUGAAGGCCCUGAUGGAAAGUGGAAAGGGCCAAAGUUCAAGAUGCCCGAUAUGCACUUUAAGACACCCAAAAUCUCCAUGCCAGAUUUCGAUCUAAAUCUCAAAGGGCCAAAAAUGAAAGGUGAUGUGGAUGUGUCUGUACCAAAGUUGGAAGGUGAUCUCAAGGGCCCCAAUGUGGAUAUCAAAGGGCCAAAAUUAGAUGUAGACGUUCCUGAUGUUGAACUUGAAGGUCCAGAAGGAAAGUGGAAAGGUCCUAAAUUUAAGAUGCCAGACAUGCAUUUUAAGGCACCUAAAAUCUCCAUGCCAGAUGUGGAUCUGAACCUCAAAGGCCCCAAACUGAAAGGUGAUCUGGAUGUUUCAGCUCCCGGGCUGGAAGGCGAUUUGAAAGGACCAGAAAUUGACAUCAAAGGUCCCAAACUAGACAUUGAUGCUCCAGAUGUUGACCUUCAUGGUCCUGAAGGGAAACUGAAAAUGCCAAAAUUCAAAAUGCCAAAAUUUGGAAUGCCUAGCUUCAAAGGGGAGGGCCCAGAUGUGGACAUAAGCCUUCCUAAAGCAGACCUUGAUGUUUCUCUUCCCAAAGUAGACAUUGAUGCACCUGGCUUGGACGUUGAAGGCCCAGAAGGAAAACUGAAAGGGCCGAAGUUUAAAAUGCCGGACAUGCACAUCAAAGCUCCCAAAAUCUCCAUGCCGGACAUUGAUUUGAAUCUGAAAGGCCCUAAACUGAAGGGAGAUGUUGAUGUUUCCGUUCCAAAGCUGGAAGGUGACCUGAAAGGCCCAGCUGUGGAUAUCAAGGGUCCCAAAUUGGACUUUGAUGCUCCUGAUGUUGAGAUUGAAGGCCCUGAUGGAAAGUGGAAAGGGCCAAAGUUCAAGAUGCCCGAUAUGCACUUUAAGACACCCAAAAUCUCCAUGCCAGACUUUGACUUGAACUUGAAAGGUCCUAAAGUAAAGGGGGAUGUGGAUGUGUCUGUACCAAAGUUGGAAGGUGAUCUGAAAGGCCCUGACAUCGACCUCAAAGGACCCAAAGUAGAUGUAGACAUUCCUGAUGUUGAACUUGAAGGUCCAGAAGGAAAGUGGAAAGGUCCUAAGUUUAAGAUGCCAGACAUGCAUUUUAAGGCACCUAAAAUCUCUAUGCCAGAUGUGGAUUUCAACCUCAAAGGCCCCAAACUGAAAGGUGAUCUGGAUGUUUCAGCUCCUGGGCUGGAAGGCGAUUUGAAAGGACCAGAAAUUGACAUCAAAGGUCCCAAGCUGGACAUUGAUGCUCCAGAUGUUGACCUUCAUGGGCCAGAAGGGAAACUGAAAAUGCCAAAAUUCAAAAUGCCAAAGUUUGGAAUGCCCAGCUUCAAAGGGGAGGGCCCAGAUGUGGACGUAAGCCUCCCGAAAGCAGACCUUGAUGUUUCUCUUCCCAAUGUAGAUGUUGAGGCACCGAGCUUGGACAUUGAAGGCCCAGAAGGAAAACUGAAAGGGCCGAAGUUUAAAAUGCCGGACAUGCACAUCAAAGCUCCCCAAAUCUCCAUGCCAGACAUUGAUCUGAAUCUGAAAGGCCCUAAACUGAAAGGAGAUGUUGAUGUUUCCAUUCCAAAGCUGGAAGGUGACCUGAAAGGUCCAGCCGUGGACAUCAAGGGUCCUAAAUUGGACAUUGAUGCUCCUGAUGUUGAGAUUGAAGGCCCUGAUGGAAAGUGGAAAGGGCCAAAGUUCAAGAUGCCCGAUAUGCACUUUAAGACACCCAAAAUCUCCAUGCCAGAUUUCGAUCUAAAUCUCAGAGGGCCAAAAAUGAAAGGUGAUGUGGAUGUGUCUGUACCAAAGUUGGAAGGUGAUCUCAAGGGCCCCAAUGUGGAUAUCAAAGGGCCAAAAUUAGAUGUAGACGUUCCUGAUGUUGAACUUGAAGGUCCAGAAGGAAAGUGGAAAGGUCCUAAAUUUAAGAUGCCAGACAUGCAUUUUAAGGCACCUAAAAUCUCCAUGCCGGAUAUGAACCUCAACCUGAAAGGGCCUAAAGUUAAAGGCGACAUGGAUGUUUCCACCCCAAAAUUAGAAGGGGAUCUAAGAGGUCCUGAAAUAGACAUCAAAGGUCCUAAGAUAGAUUUUCCUGACAUUGAUAUUGAGGGACCGGAUGGAAAACUGAGGGGACCCAAGGUGAAGAUGCCUGAAAUGAACAUCAAAGCUCCAAAAAUAUCCAUGCCAGAUGUUGACCUUAACUUGAAGGGCCCAAACCUGAAGGGAGAUGUGGACAUAUCUCUGCCCAAGAUAGAAGGUGAUGUGAAGGGACCGGAUAUUGAUAUAAAGGGCCCCAAACUGGAUGUUGCAGUGCCUGAUGUUGAGUUGGAAUGUCCUGAAGGAAAACUUAAAAGUCCCAAGUUUAAGAUGCCCGACAUGCAUUUUAAAGCCCCCAAAAUUUCCAUGCCAGAUUUUGACUUGAAUCUGAAAGGUCCCAAGUUGAAAGGUCCACAAGUUGAAGGUGGCUUGGAAGGUCCAGAGUUUGAUAUCAAAGGGCCCAAACUGGACAUUGAUGCUCCCAAUGUUGACCUCAAGGCUCCAGAAGGGAAAUGGAAAGGCCCCACAUUUAAGAUGCCUGAAAUGCAGAUUAAAACACCCAAAGUCUCCACGCCUGAUGUAGAUCUCAAUCUAAAAGGACCUCAGAUGAAAGGUGACCUCAAUGUUUCUGGGCCAAAACUUGAAGGGGACUUGACAGGUCCUGAAAUUGACAUCAAAUGCCCUAGAGUGGACAUUAAUGCUCCCAAUGUUGAUAUUCAUGGACCAGAUGGAAAGGUGAAAUUCCCCAAGAUGAAGAUACCCAAAUUUGGCAUGCCUGAGUUCAAAGGAGAAGGGCCUCAUGUAGAUGUAAAUCUACCCAGAGGAGAAUUAGAAUUAUCAGGCCCUAAGGUCAACAUUGAAGCUCCCAACUUGGACAUAGAAGGACCAGAAGGGCAACUGAAGGGCCCUAAGGUCAAGAUGCCUGAAAUGCAUUUCAAGACACCUAAAAUCUCCAUGCCAGAGAUUGACUUAAAUCUAAAAGGACAUAAAGUGAAGGGUGAUGUCGAUGUCUCCAUUCCCAAGAUUGAAGGCAACUUAAAAGGUCCAGGGAUUGAUAUUCACGGGCCAGGAAUUGAAGCUAAAGGCCCAGAGAUUGACUUGGAGUGUCCAGAUGUGAAUGUUGAAGGGCCCGAGGGAAAUGUUAAACUCCCCAAAUUUAAAAUGCCAAAAUUUGGGUUUGGAGCAAAAAGCCCCAAGGCAGAUGUAAAAUCUCCCACCCUGGAUGUCUCCUUUCCAGAAGGCGAAGUGAAUGUUGAAUCUCCUGACAUAGCCACUUCUGGAAAAGGGAAGAAAAGCAAAUUUAAAAUGCCCAAACUCCACAUGAGCGGACCUAAAAUUAAAGGCAAGAAGGCUGGCUUUGAUGUGAGUGGAGAGAUGGAUACAAGUGUGAAAUCACCGGAUUUAGAAGGAAGUCUUUCUGUCCCGGAAGCCACACUAAAGGGGGACAUGAACAUCAAGUCACCAAAGGGAAAGAAACCUGUGUUUGGGAAAAUAUCUUUUCCUGAUGUUGAGUUUGAUAUUAAAUCACCUAUAUUCAAGGCUGAUGCUUCUUUGCCGAAGGUGGAAGGAGAAAUCAAAGCACCAGGAAUAGAUGUCUCAUCACCAGCUCUAAAAUCUCCAGGUCUUGACAUUACAGUUCCUAGUGGAAGUGCCAGUCUCCCUGAUGUUAACAUUGGAGGUCCUGACAUCAGUCUUAAGAAACCAAAGUUCAAACUCUCAAGUGGAAAUGUUGAUCUGACUGGUCCCAAAUUGGAAGGAGAUCUCAGAGUACCUAGUAUUGAUGCAAAUGUUAGUGCUCCUGACAUCAAUCUGAAAGGUCCAUCAGUGAAUCUGCCCUCUGUGGAUGUUUCUGCCCCUUCUGUCUCAGCCCCUGAUCUUGACAUUAACUUGAAAGGACCAAAGCUAAAAGGUGACAUUGAGCUUCCUAAGGCAGAACUACAAGGCCCAGAAGGGAAAUUGAAACUCCCAAAAUUUGCCUUGCCUAAAAUUGGGAAGCCAGGCAUGAAACUGGAGGGGCCUGAUGUGGAUCUUCAAGGACAGCUGCCCUCAGCAAGCAUUGAUGUUUCGGCCCCAAGUGUGAGUGCUCCUGCAAUUGAUGUGAGCUUGAAAGGACCAAAAGUAGGAGGAGACUUGGGUCUUUCUGGUGAUGUUAAAGGUCCAAAGAUAGGAUUUGGCGCACCAGAUGUUGACAUUGGUAGUUUUGAAGGGAAGCUUAAAAUGCCAAAGUCCCCAAGUCUAGAUGUCAAUGUGAGUGCUCCAGACCUAGAUGUGAAAGGGCCGAAAGUGAAAAUGACCUCUGGAGGAGGCAUUUCUGCACCGGAUUUUGAUAUGAAUCUGAAAGGACCAAAGAUCAAAGGAGAUCUCGGCAUUUCUGGUGGCAUUACAUCUCCCAAGGUGGCUGUCGAAGCACCCAGCAUUGGCAUGGAAGGUUCUGGAGGUGGAAUUAAGCUUCCUUCCAUGAAGCUGCCGCAGUUUGGCAUCUCCAGCCCUCAUGGUGAAGGAGUGAAUAUUUCAGGACCACACAUCAAAGGACCUGAAGUAGAUUUCAGAGGACACAACAUUUCUGCCCCAGCCCUCGACCUGAACAUGAAAGGACCAAGUUUGAAAGGUGACAUUCAUAUGAAAGGUCAAGAAAUCAGAGUGGGGGCACCUGGUGUGAAGAUUUCUGGCAUGGGCUUGGACACUAGUGCUCCUGAUGUCAGCUUGAGAGGACCUUCACUCAAUGUGUCAGCUCCCAAAGUUUCUGGACCAGACUUUGACAUCAGUUUGAAAGGGCCUAAGGUCAAAGGAGGUCUUGAUAUUUCGAAAGAUGUCAAAACUCCAGAGCUAAAUAUUGGCAUCCAAGGUGCUGGAGGCCUUCAAGUUUCUGGGCCAAAGGCAGGGGGUGAUCUCAAAGGUCCCAAAUUAGAGCUCAAAGGUCCUUCUGUUGGGGUGAAUGUUCCACAUGGCCAUUUAGAAAGUCCAUCUGGAAAAGUGUCAUUUCCCAAGAUGAAAAUACCAAAAUUUGUGGUUUCAGGACAAGAGCUAACAGGAAGGGAAGUUGGAGUUGAUGUUGAGUUCCCUCAAGUACCAGAAGCAAGCCUCCAUGCCGGGGCAAUGAAUGUUGAAUUGGAAGAGCCUGACAUUAAGCUUAAGAAAUCUAAAAUUAAAAUGCCAAAGUUUGCUUUCUCCAAAUCUAAGGUCAAAGGCAGUGUUGGCUCCCCAGAGAUCUCAGCGUCUGUUUCAGGGUGCGAAGGGGAACUAAAAACGAGUCUAGGUUCCUUGGAGGGUGAUGUGGAAGUAGAAGGGUCUGCCUCUCCCAAAGGGAAGUUUUCCUUCUUUAAGACCAAAAAGUCACGGCAUCGCUCCUCAUCCUUUAGUGAUGAGCAUUCCUCCCAUUCGACACCGACAGGCACGCUGGAGCAUGAGGGAGACAAAGGCAAGCACGCCAAGCUGAAAUUUGGUACAUUUGGGGGAAUAGGGUCAAAAACUAAAGGUUCUUAUGAGGUAACGGGAAGUGAUGAGGAAGGGGGAAAGGUGCAGGGGAGUGGGGCCUCGCUAGCGUCCAAGAAGUCUCGGCUGUCAUCUUCCUCAAGUAAUGACAGCGGGACAAAGGUGGGCGUACGAAUGCCAGCGGUAGAGUUGACUGUGGCGAAGAAGAAAGAGUAAAACAGGAAAUUCUUGUGUACAUAAUUGCCUCUGCGUGUAUAUAUCUCUGUCUCCCUUCUGUGUGUAUAUAUAAAUUUCCUAGCUUGAAAUUCUCAGCAAUAAAACAGGUGAUGCCCAGUGAAAUGGUAGGCCUUAACUGAAAAAUAACUACUGUUUUACUGAGAUCAGGGAGUUGUCCACCGUCAUUCGAUCUUCCAUAGAUAUAUACACAUAUAUGACAGAAACUGAUACAGCUGCUUUGUUUUGUUACAUUCUUAAGCAGUGAUAUGGCAGGUAAACCCGUACUGCUAUCCCAGAAUGCACUGUCAUGCUUCCCACAAUGCAUUGUGGCUUUGAGAACAGUGAGUUGUGCCAAUUUUUUUAAAAAGCAGCCGUACACGCAUAAAAGCUGCUCGGUGAAUCAGCUGUAUCAGUUUGAAUUAAACAGUAUAAUUUGUGCCAAGGAUAAUUGUGUGAGGGGCACUUGUGCUGACUACCAGUCAAAAAGAGGAAGAGCCUAGAUUUUUGUGAUAUUUAAAGCUGUGCCAUGAGAAAGAUGGAUGUACAGUUCCUCGGAAGUAUUUUGGAAGUUUUCUCUUGCGUUCAGGGUUAGGGUUUGCGCUUUGUACGCUGAGAGCAUUACGUUUACUUUAGCAAGCUUUAAAAAAUAUAUAUUAUAUAUAUAAUUUUCAAUUUGCUAAAUAUCUUCAGUGUUGAUCUAUGGCAAUGUUUUACAUUUUAAUGACUUUUUUCACUUCUUUCUGCGGGGGGACGGUGGCUAAAAUUUCUAUCAUUUAAAAAGUGGAUGUAUUAAAAAAACACUGUAAAAAUAUAUAGAUGCAACUGAGAUGUGUCAAAUUUGGGGUCUCGCAAACAGUCUUACAUUGCUGUAAACAGGUUAAACUUUGCAUUAGUUUGAUAAAAAGACAGAUGUAAUAAAGCACCCAUAGUUUAAUUUAAUAUAAUUUUUGUUUGGUUAAAAAAGUCAUGAUAAAAUAAUCAAAAACUUUGUUACAUUCUGACAUCAUCUUAGCUGUCUCCAUAUAUUUGUUAUUUUUGUAUAAUAAGAUGGAACUUUGCUGAGUUGUGGAGCAAACUUCUUUGGAGGACUUCUCUAUUCCCUCCCACCUUACAGAUGCUAUUUGUUAUCUUUUUUGUUGUUGUUAACAAAUGUAUCUCUAUUUUAAAACAAAACAGUAAAAGGAAAAUUAUUUCAGCACUUUAAUGGCAAAUUAAUUGAGAAUGUAUGGAGGCUGAUCUUGUAAAAUGGAAAUAAACUGUUUAUUAACCUUUUGA